UUCCGCGUCGAGUGGAUGUGCUAGGGGCUUUCCGGGCAUCGAUCCCUGGCGAGUGCUUCCCAGUCUCGAUUCCCAGGACUGAUUCCCGGCCCCAGUUCCUGGCAUGGACAUCAACCCUCUGUACGCGGGCAGCCAGCCCAUUGCCCCCGCCGAGGGGGAGCUUAGCCAAGGAGAAAAGAGGAAAUAUCUUCAGCCCAACUCUCAGAAGGACCCCAAACUGGAGGAACUCCAGAAAGUCUUGGUGGACUGGAUCAACACGGCCCUGCGCCCUGAGCAUAUUGUUGUCCGCAGCCUGGAGGAGGACCUGUUCGACGGGCUUGUGCUGCACCAUCUCCUGCAGCGACUGGGAGGGAUUAAGUUGGAAGUGGAGGAGAUCGCGUUGACGGCGGACAACCAGAGGCGGAAACUGGCCACGGUCCUGGAUGCCGUGAGCCGGUUCCUGCCAGAGGUGGAGAAGGCCAGCAAGUGGAGUGUGGAAGACAUCUUCGGCAAGGACCUCCUAGCCACACUGCACCUCUUGGUGGCCCUGGCCUGCCACUUCUGCCCGCAACUGGCCCUCCCGUCCGGAGUCCAAGUGGAGGUUGUUCUUGUCGAGAGAACACGGAGCGGGCUGAAGUCGGAGAAGGUGGUGGAGCAGAUCACGGCCUGCAGAGCGGAUGCGGGGAAGGCGUCGAGCAUUACCGACUUGGAAGCGAUGCUCAAACGGGCCCCUGACGAAGUGCACAAUGUCAGAGAGGCGAUCGUUCAGUUCAUCAACCAAAAAAUGCAGAACCUGGGGCUGUCGGUCAGCGAUCUGGAAACCCAGUUUGCAGAUGGUGUUAUCCUGCUCUUGUUGAUCGGACAACUGGAAGGCUUUUUUCUGAACCUGAAGGACUUUUUCCUCAAGCCCAGAAACUCCGAAGAAAUGAUGCAUAAUGUGACCCUGGCCCUGGAGCUGAUGAAGGAGCUGGGCCUACUGGACUUCCCGAUCCAGCCCACAGGCGUGGUGAGCGGGGACACGAAUACCACAUUGCGUGUGCUGUACUGCCUCUUCGCCAAGCACCGGCUCAGCCUGGGCAAGGAUGGCAGGCCCAGCCGGACAGGGAGCUAGGGCCUCCCAGGAACGGCUCCACUUUCAGGAUCUGGGGGCGCCUUCCGGGGCGGGAG